AAUUUGAGUCUCUUCAAGGAAACAAAGCUCGCGCCCCUGCAAAUCUUUAGCUUUAUUUAAGAAAAGUUUUGGACCUUUCAUCUUUUAUUGGAUUUUAAUUUUAAUUUUUUUUUUCCUCCCAAUUCUUCCAUUUCCAUUUUCGAUGCUUCGUUUUGUUCAAGCUCGGGAAAGCUCUGUUUAGGGUUAGGGUUUACGAAGGAAUUCAGUUGCCAAGACACAAAGGACCAUGUCUUUUCAAUGAAACAGGUGAGGAUUGAGAGUUUGGAGUUACGAUUUUUGGUGGACGGGUAAGCGUUUGGGUGGUGGUGAAUGGCGGCUGCGAAUCCACAGCCACUGCAGGCUCGUCCCUUUGAGGAGCAUGGGCGAGGGCCUCUUCAGAUCGAGGAUGAUGAUGCCGAGUAUGAAGACGAUGCCAUGGAUGAUGUUGAGGAUGGAAAUAUGAACUCUGUGAAUGUUGCGGAGCCUGGACUAGGAGGUACCGGUGGUGGAGCUGGAGGAGGUGUGGUUAUAUCGUCGAGGACUAGCGAGCUUACUCUUUCUUUUGAAGGAGAGGUUUAUGUAUUCCCGGCUGUUACACCCGAAAAGGUGCAAGCUGUGCUGUUGCUACUAGGAGGUCGUGACAUACCCACUGGUGUUCCCACAAUUGAAGUACCUUUUGAUCCGAGUAAUAAGGUUGUGGGGGACACACCCAAGCGCUCUAAUCUUUCAAGACGAAUAGCCUCCUUGGUUAGGUUUCGUGAGAAAAGGAAAGAGAGAUGCUUUGACAAGAAAAUUAGAUAUACUGUACGGAAGGAGGUUGCACAGAGAAUGCAUCGUAAGAAUGGGCAGUUUGCAUCCUUAAAAGAAACAACAGGUGUUUCAAACUGGGACUCUGCACAGAGUGGAAUUGAAGAUGGCACUGCUCGUGUGGAAAGUGUUGUUCGAAGGUGUCAACAUUGUGGUGUUAGUGAAAAUAAUACUCCUGCAAUGCGCCGCGGGCCAGCUGGUCCAAGAACUUUAUGUAAUGCUUGUGGGCUGAUGUGGGCAAAUAAGGUAUAUUCUGGUUCUGAUCGUGCACUUGAUGGGAUGCAUAAAUUUUGUAAUUCUGUCCCAUUCAUUCUAUAUAACAGUCGGGGUAGCUUUGCAUGCUUUCGGUGAAUUCUUAUUUUCCUUUUUAUUGGUACAAUCAGGUGCAUAUGUGUAUGUAAAUAGACAGGUGGAUAGCAGAGUUAGGGAGGAAUUGAGGCAGUGAGCAAGUGCCAUAUGAUAAUCAAUACAUUCCAAGAGGCUUUCCUUUAUAUUUUACUCCAUUUCAAAACGAAUGGCAUUCUCAAAGACUAAAGUUAUGUAGAGUUUGGUGAUUAGGUUUGAAUUUUGAGAAAAAUUUAACAUUUUACUAAAGCUAAAGUUUUGUAAAAGAUUAAAUAAGUUAAAUUUUUUCUAAAUUUGAUAAUGAAUUACAAUUUUUUGGAAAUUCUCAAACAUGUUAUUCAAAAGACACUGCUCCAUCCAUCUUCAUUUACUUUUGGAACUUUGUUUGUGCUCUGUAUGAUCUCAAAGUCUGUGAUGAGAAGGAAAAAAGUUUCUGUAUCAUUCUUGUCCAUUCAAGAGCACAAUUAGUUGCACAAAUGGUAUUUUUGGUUUUGUACUACUGCCAAUCUUAACACUCUCCCCUUUAGUUUGUGUUCCUCAUUAAACAUCUUUGUCUUGCAUCUGUGUUUAUUGUUUUCCUUAACAUUUUUGUUGGAUGUACAGGGAACACUAAGAGAUCUCAGUAAGGGAGGAAGGAAUCUUUCUCUGGAUCAAACUGAGUCUGUAUGUGCUACAAGAGCUGCCAAAAUUUUGGUUUUGGAAUUUAAAUUUUCUUCAAUUUUGGAAGUCCACUUCAUAUUCUAUUGAUGUUCCACUAUCAUCACUGCUUCCCCUUUUUUAGCGUAGACUGGUACUGCUGUUUUUCUUUUCAUGUGAAUGUGUGAGGGGAUGUGUUUUCUCAUGGCAAUCUGAGUUUGGCUACAUUUUGUAUUGUCAUAAUGUUCCAAUGUGAAAAGUCUGCAUGAUAUUUUACAUUGGGUUAGAUACUUUUCAAGUUUUAGCAACAUUAUGCACAUAAUAAUAAAAAAUAAUAAUAAUA